AUGGUAAAGUUUAAUAAAAAUCUAACAUGCUUAACUUUAAAACCGGGGUAUUCCGCCUUAAAUUUUCAAGAUUUUUGUCAAAUGAAUCUAGACUCAUCAAUUACCAAAUUAACCAUCAGCAACCAGCAAUUCCCAGCCUACUUAAUAUUCUAUUUCAACUUAUUUAUCAAAAACAACUCUAAUAUAACUACAUUAAAUCUUAAUCAAUCAUUUAAUUUAUUAGAUUUAGAAUCAAUUUUUAAAACCACCAAAAAUAAAGACAACAUCGAAACCCUAACCAUCCACAUAUCUGAAAACUGUCCACUAUUUAACAACUCCAAUUAUUUAUUUUAUUUAUUAUCAAACGAAAACAAUAGUAUAAAAAAUUUAAAUUUAAAAAUAUUUUAUUAUUUCCAAGGUUUUAAACUAUCUUUAAUAGAUUCCAAAGAUUUUAAUUUAAUAUCACAAAAAGAUGACUUUAAUUUUAAAUUUUUAAGAAAUAAAUAA